AGGGCUAUUUCAUGCUCCCACAUUGAAAUCAAGAUUCCUGAUGCCUUUUCAAAUGCUCUGAUCCCACCUUGAGCAACACAGGUCUGUAAUUUCUAUGACGUGUUGAGGAGAUAGAUUUUUAGUGAAACUUUAAGAACAUUUUUUAAGUAUGUUUUAUAUGAAUCUACUAGACAUAAUUUGGUAUAGUAGAGCUCAGAGUACCAUUCUCUUUUCCCAGAUUUGGUAUGAGAUCUACCCACCACGGGCAAUUAAUGGCAAUAAGAGAUAAAAUUUAGAACAGUGCAACACAGGGAAUGGACCUACAGCCCACAAUGUCUGGACCAACAAUUUAAACUAUGGCAAAGCAAACUUGAUGGGCCAAAAGGCCUAAUUCUGCUCCUGUCUUAUUGUGUAACAGGAAGAAGGAGAAUUAUACUGAAAGUGAGAAAAAGCAAGUUCAAAAUAUUUGUGAUGAAAGAUACCAUGAUUGCAAAAAAAAUUGAUCAGAUAAAAGCAGGAUUUUUCAAAGGCAGGUUCUUAAUAAUCAAGAGGGUGACAGAAGUACAGUUGAAGUUUCGGGUAGUGACCCUUCAGCAGACAGGGAAAAAAAAGAUGAAGAGUUAGGAUUAGUAGGUAGGGGGAGGGGAGGAACAAACACAAGCUGAUAGAUGGAACUGAAGUAAAGAGCUGGGAAGUUGAUUGGUGAAAGAGAUACAGGGCUGGAGAAGGGGAAAUCUGCUAGAAGAGGACAGAAGGCCAUAGAAGAAAGAAACAGAGGGAGGAGCACCAGAGUGGGCAAUGGACAGGCAAGGAGAUAAGGCAAGAGAGGGAAAAGGGGAUGCAGAAUAGAGAAGGGUGGUUACUGGUAGUUCAAGAAAUCAAUGUUCAUUCCAUCCGGUUGGGGCGGGGUGCUUCAUUUUCAUAUCAGCUCAAUAUCUUUUCAUGCUCGCUUUGACCAUCAGAACAUGGAAGCAGGUUUCUGAGGCUGGCGAGAGAGCAUCCUUCAGGAAGGUUAAUCUAUGGAAAGCAUCUGGCCCAGACAGGGUACCUGGCUGAGUACUAUAGACCUGUGCUGAUCAACUAUUCACCCAUAACUUUAACCUCUCGCUUCGGCAGUCUGAAGUACCCACCCGCUUCAAAUAGGUUGCAAUAAUGCCGGUACCGAAGAAAGAUGGGGUAACCUAUCUCAAUUCCUCUGUGAUGGAGUGCUUUGAGAGGUUGGUCUUUGGGGUCCUGCCUCAACAAUAUCGACUGUCUAUUUCUCUUCACUGGUGCCGCUCCACACGCUGAGUUCCUCCUGGAAGCAGCUCGUUAUAUUUGUAUGCUCCAGAAGUCAAAACUCACAGAUUUGGUAACUUUAUAUCACCAUUCUGUCUCCUGUUCUCAUUGCCAGUUUAUUGCAAAACUUCCUUAUUUUAUUAUCACUUUCUGCCUAUGGCCAAUUCUGUCUGCUACUUACAGCUCACCCUCUUUCUACCACCCCCACCAUGUUGUUUCAAGACCUUCGCAACCAAUUGAGCAGCAACAGAUUAACGGAGAAAACAGAAGUGAUACUAUAAAGGUAUUCAUAAUAAAUUCAUCUUACUCUACCGCCCCUUUAAUAACCACACCGUUCGUUACAUUAUCUUAACAUUCAGUAGUUCAAGGUGCCUUCUGCUGCUGUACAUUCCACGUCUGAUCAGCGGGUCUGUAUCCCUGAACAAACAAUAACCCGCAAAAGCAACAGCUUUCCUAACAGCACCCCCGACAUUAAAGGGACGAGGAGGAAAUCUAGUGCCGGAGGAAGCCGGCGCUGGUUCCACCAGGAGAGUAAUUCCAGUGUGUUACCGUGACUCUGCACAUUAAUGUCAGGCACGACGGUCUCAGGUGAAUAGGAGUAGUGAGGGAGUGUGUCGCUGGGGGAAGGAGGAUUGACCAGGAUUUGGAUGGGUGACCUGGCGAUUGGCUGGCCAGCGGGAGCUGCGGCCGCGGUGGCGGCCGGCCGGUGGUUCGCGCGGCGCGGUGCAGUGUGGGAGUGAGGGUUGGCCGUUGGCGUCCGCUGCGUGUCUCGCGGACUCAGACCGCUGCGACCUGGCGCUGGGGCGCGCGGACCCACGGAGCGUGCGAGCGAGCGAGCGAGGGAGCCUGGGCGCGCGGCCGCUCGCAGCGGGACAAAAAACAGGCGAGUGAACGGACGCUGGGCGACGGCGAGCCGCAGGCUCCACUUGGCGCCCGGGCCCCGCAAGCACAAGGGGGAAGGGAAGGUUGCGAGACCCGCUCCUAACUUUUCGAAUUAACCUGACGCUGGAAAAACGAAAGGGAAGGGAAUCUCGGGAAGCGAGAAGCCUCCCCCAUCCCCCCCACCUUGGCUCGAAUCGGAUCGGCGCCACACAAACACACACAAUGUCCGGUGAGAGGAACAGGCGUUCGCUGGCUUUCCGAACCGGGGCAGCGGGAGCCGCCGCCAACGCGGUGAAAAUAGAAGCUGAUCUCGACACCCACAACAACACAGAGGCCUCAAAUGGGGCCCUCGGCCGGAGUAGUCCGAGCAAGCCGGCUGCUCUCCUUGCGGUGGACGGUGGAGACGGAGCCAAGGAGAAGGCCGCCCAGGAUCAGGAGGAGGACUGGGUGGAGACGGUGGUGGUGGACGAUGUGUACCCAGAGCAAGAGGUGUCGGUGCGAGUGGUGGACGGCGGCUCCAUUAGCAGCAACGAUUCGGAGGAAGAGGAGCCGAACGGACCCAGGUGCGAAGGGCCUGCCAUGACCCCCGGGGAUGGGACCGGAGUUCGAGUCGGACGAGAGGACGAAGAGGAGGAUGAUGAUGAUGAAGAAACGAGCGGUUAUAGCCGGCCAGGAGCCGGUUUGACCCUGUUGGGGAGACCGCAGUCCUUCUUGUUACCGCAGCAGCGCACUUUCCAGAGGUCGUGGCUGCAGGAGUUCCCGUGGCUUCAGUACGAACAGGAGACAGGCCUAAUGUAUUGCUCUUGGUGCCUUCGGGCUAACAGCGGCACGGGGAGCUGCAACAACCGCAACAAGUUCGUGAAAGGCAGCCGCAAUUACAGGAGGACCACGUUAUUGCGGCACCACCUCUACGCCGAGCACCGGGAGAAUGACCCUGCGGCUGUGGCUGCAGCUGCCUGUAUGGAGGAGUCUGCAGUUACAUCUAGAUCAGCGGAUGAGUUGUACAGUGAAUACAAAAGUGAUCGAAAUGAAAUUUCCUAUUGCUAUCAACUGCUUCAAGAACUGAAUGAACAGCGACAGCAAGGAAUUCUGUGUGAUGUCAACAUUGUAGUGAAGGGUCAGGUUUUCAAAGCCCAUAAGAACAUACUAGUUGCGGGCAGCCGUUACUUUAAGACACUCUAUUGCUAUACUCCGAAUGAGAGUUGUGACCAAGUUACAGUAACUCACCUUGAUGUUGUUGCUGUGCAAGGUUUCACAGUCAUUCUUGAUUUCAUGUACUCUGGGCAUUUAGUUUUAACCAGCCAAAAUGUCAUUGAAGUUAUGUCUGUAGCAAGCUAUCUGCAAAUGACUGACAUUGUCCAGGCAUGCCGUGGUUUUAUUAAAGAAGCCCUAAACAUCAGUACAAAAUCAAAUGCAGCAGAUAAAAUAAUAGUUCAGUAUGAGAAGGUAAAGACGUCCAACCCUUCCCAUCGAGACAAUACAGGAGUUGUGUUGAAACAUGAGCCCAGUAGUCCUUGGGUGGUGAAAUCUACAAAUACAGUGAAUAGUUGUGGCACAGUAGUCCUGCAUGAAGAAAGAGUGAAGUAUGAAAUGGAGGGCUAUGGUUUAGAUAUGGGUUCAGUAAUGCACCCGGAUGACAGUUACCAGCUUAAUGAUACAACCUGGAAUCAAGAAAAUUUUGCAGAUUAUAGUGGAAAAGAUCUGCAGAUGGGGCUACCUCAAGAUCAAAAUCCUGCUUUUUCUUGGGGAAGUUUGGGAAAAUUAAUGCUGCAACAAGCAGGUCCACGAAGUGGACGAAGGAAAAACCACAUAACUAGAAGAAUCGUAUACAAUGUUGCACCAAAAGUAGAAGAUGGAGCUGGAGAAAACUUAAUGAUGCAACCUCCUAUGACAUUCUCUGAGGACGGAUUGCAGGAUAUUCCUGUAGGCCCUUUCUCAGCUGGGACAUCAGAUCAAUUCAGAUUUGGACUGUUACAGGAAGCGCAAAAUGGGGAAACAUGGCUAAAUGGUGAUGCUUCAAUUGGUAGCCAAAAUAAAUUUAAAUGCCCACAUUGUAAUUACAUUGCCAAGUAUCGGCGCACAUUGAAGAGACAUCAGCUGAUACACACUGGUGUGAGGUCCUUUGCUUGUGACAUCUGUGGAAAGUUAUUCACACGAAGAGAACAUGUUAAGAGACAUUCCUUGGUACACAAGAAGGAUAAAAAAUACAAAUGUAUGGUUUGCAAAAAGUUUUUCACUCUAGCAGCCAGUGUUGGAAUUAGGCACGGAUCUCGAAGAUACGGCGUGUGUUUGGAUUGUUCUGGUGGUGAUAGACAGACAAAAGGUGACCAUGAUGGUAUGGACCUUAUGGUUGAUCCAGAAUUUUUUAAAGAGCAGCAAGAAGAACAGGAUGACCCAGGUGGACUGGAACAAGAAGAAAAUGAGAGAAUGGUUGGUGAAGAUGUACCAGAUGAAGAAGGAGCAGGGGAUAUCGAUAGAGAGCAGUGGGAAGAUGCUGGGGCUAGUGAGACAUAUGUCAUAUUAGAUAAUGACUAGCUGGUUCUUCAGCCCUUGUGCUGUAAAACUAAAAAGUGUAAUUAUGUUUCUUCACUGUAUUGGCAAACUAUGAAUUUUAUUUGAAUUGCAAUGAUUAUGGAUUGGCAACAAAACACUAAAUUUUUCAUAUUUUUCUGAUAGCUGUAAUUAUUGGAUAAUUGAUAUUUUAAUGAUUGUAGUUAGUGGUUUCACCACAGUAAUGAUGGAAGAGUCUUGGAGUCAGUGAUGGGCAAUUCCUUAUUAUAACCGAAACUGAUAUAACCAUGUUCUUUUCCCACAAAUCUAACUAAACAAGAAAGUAUUAAGCAAAAAUGUAGUGGUGUGCGACCUGAAGUGUCGAAUCAAGCAGAAACCAUCUCACUGACUGGUAUACAAAAGAAACUAAGACCACAGACUAUCUUGUAACAGGAGAAGGCCAUCAAACACAAACAAACAUCAUUUCUUCAAUGGUGAACCCUGGGUUUACCUUUUUGCUUCUUUCAAAUGAAAACAUCCACUUGUUCCUUGAAACCAUGUGCUUUUUUUAAAGUCACUAGCAUUUCCUGAUAAUUAAUGCACAGCUAACAUUACCUUUUGGGUGAAACAGAUUUGCAAACUACUGUUAAUUCCUCUCAUUCCUCAAUCGUCCUUCAUAUUCCUUCACGUCAGUGUUUGCUAAAAUAGUUGAUCAGGUUUAGUCGUGACAAUGUCAUCUUGGGUCAUCUUAAAUUCAUGUUUUUAUCCAAAGAAAAUUUUGUUGCUCUUUUUUUUCAGCCUUUCAACUCAACCCCCUGUACUCAGGAUCUUUGUUCACCUUUCAACUUUCUUGGAAGCAGUAUUUUUCUUUCCAUGAAAGGCAAGCAAUUUAGACAAUAUUGCAAUUGGAGCUUGACUAUCCCCAGAUGAAACUGUAAUAGUGGAAUGAACAGGGUUUGAAAUUUCUGAAGGAUUGGACUUGGAAUUUGAUGUCUGGAGUAUUGGUUUAUUCUAUGCAUUUUCAAGGCUCAACCUUGCAGGCAAGAAAGCCAAUUAUUAUAUAGGUGCUAGUAACUUUAAACUUUUGAAGUGUUUGUGUGUCACUUAAAAUGAGCAAAGUCAGCAUUCAAUCUUACUGCAUUCCAGAGAGAAGUUAUCUGCAGUAUAUAUGGCACCUUCACUAAGUGCUGUUUGUGGCAUUUAAGCAAAAGAAAUUCAUGAUACAACAUCAUUAAUGAAGACCAUGCUUUAUAGUCUUAUUUCUGUGAACUGAGAGGAAACAAUUUGAUGUGUACGUUUAAGCUGGUAAUUUACUUGUUCUGAGACAGACAAGGUCUGUGUCAUAAUGAAUAAAUUAGACACCAGUAUAACUGAAUUCGGAUUAACUGAAAAGCAGUGAAUAGUAUUUUCUCCCUUUUACAGGAGAAGAUGUCAUGUUUGGGUAUGGUGUACACAAAACAGUGUGCGUGCUACUUGAUGAACUACGUAAUAUCCAGUUUGCAUGCUCAUCCUUAGCAUUCUUGAGUCUGAAAUUCUUUAUGCACUACAUUAUGAAAUGCCACUAUGUGUUAGUGGUUUUGCAAAGAAAACACUUCGACUUGGUCCAUCAAUUUACCUGCUAUUGAGUAUGACUUUUGUUUUACACGUUGAGUAAGGCUGCUGAUACUUUUGUUUCCAACACCCUUCAGUUGGCUGUUUUAUUUAAAACUGAUCCAUUGUGGAAGGAAGAAUUGCUGGGAUGGUGAAGAGGAAGAUUGUUGAAUCUAACAGGGCAAUUUGCAAAUUACCCACUUUUCAAGUAUAUUAAGCCAGAUCAUUGUGAAAUAACUGACAAAUUCUUGAAUUACACCUAAAUUAUUUGAAGAGUGUUAAAAUAUAGCUGCUUCAAAAGGCAUGAGUAAAAACAGAAAAUUAUUGAAAUACUCAGCAGGUCAGGCAGCAUCUUCUUAGAGAAAAGAAUGAGUUAAUGUUUUAGGUUGAUGAACUUUCAUCGGAACUGGUGAAUGUAUAUGCAGUUGAAAGAGUUUGAGUGUGUUACUUUAAUCCAGCCAUUUUGGACGGUGGGUAUAGUAGAAAUUAGAAACAUUAAGUCCUUUAUAAAACCCAAGUUGCUUUAUUUCCCAAUGGAAGUACACUAGCCAAAGCUACAACAAUGCUUUUGAGUACUCUCAUAUCUAAUGACAGUGAUUCAUUUGAAGUCAUACACUUUUGCUAUGUAUUCAAAACCAUUAAGCUACAGUUACAAUCAGUAAACCCUUACCCCAGUUUUGUAGUUGAGACUAUUCUUGAUUUCUUCUUGAUACUUUUGAUCAGUGCUUCUGUAUCUUGGAGUAGGAAUUGAUUUCAAAAACCUGUGCUUUCUAUACCAAAAAAUCAUGUGCUGUCAUUGUUUUGAGAAUGCUCUGGAACACUGAAACAGAAAUAUAAGUUCAAUUAUUAGUGAAAAGAGAACUAUUAGGAAUAGAAACCAUUAAAGAUGGGUAUUUUUAGUUGACGUUUAAUGUUAUUGUAAAUGAGCACAUCAAGCAAGUGACAUCUUGAUCAGGUGAGUUUUUCAGCACAUGGCUGUGUCAAUUUCUAUUUCACCUUUCUCAUCUCAAAUUUCCAACUGUAUUGGAUGAAUAACUGUUUCACCAAAUGAAGUAGCAGCAACUUAAUUGGAGACUGCAGCACUGGAGAAAAUGAAAUAGGGACUGGUAGUUUAAAAGGUAAUUGUCAGAAUCAGGUUUAUUAUCACUGUCUUAUGUGAUACAAAGAUUGCUGUUUAGUGGCAGCAGUACAAGGGCAGCAGGAGGUUAUGUUCUGUAAAAUUUCCUUCACUCUGUUUUUGUAUUCUGGAAAGCUGUGUCCUCAGCAUUUCAGCUAUUUAAAUUUUUGGGUCUUAACUGCACUAAUCUGAUGAUCCUGAGGUAGUGUGAAACGGGCACCUUGAGUAAAUGUAGAGGCACAUCAAAGGUGAUACUGACACUACUCAAAAAGACUUCCACAGACUUCUUGAACUGGAUUUUCUGGAAUUGAUUGGAAAUGUGAUUAGUGGCUGAUGCUGUACUGAAUCAACUAAUUUGGGGAAGAUUAAACCAUGGGCCCAAGACAGUACCAUAUAAAAUGCAGUAUUUCCUUAUUUGGCUAUUGGAUUGUACUUUAAGAAGGACAGAGAUAACUUUGAGGUACUACAGAGAGUGGAAAUCCAGAGCAACGUGCUGAAGGAGCUCAGUAGGUCAGACAGCAUCAAUGGAUGGGAGUAAACAGUCGAUGUUUCGGGCCAAGACCCUUCAUCAGGACUGAGGUAAUUCUGUGUAUGUAUGAACUUCUGUAAGUUCUGCAUACAGACAUGAAGAAGUUGAUUUAAAAUGGGCUUGCUGAACCUUUUGAUUAAUAAUGCAGAAUGGCUUAUUACACCUUUUACAUUAUGUUUCUAACGACUGAAGGAAGUUUAGCUCAAUAUUUUACUGCUUCCUUGCCAGUUUCAGUAGUCCAUUUAGGUUUUGUCACUGGUGUCAUCACGAUUUAACAUAUCUAUUUGACUAGAAAUUUUCAAGCCAAAUAAGAGGCAACUUGGUAGCCUUUGUCCAUAUUUACGUCUUUUUAAUAUUUUAGAAUUUUGAAGAAUGUGUUACCUUUUUUAAUGCUAGAGGCAGUUUUAUGGAAAGUUAAGAUCAAGAUAAUUUAGAAUUGUAUGAAGUUAAUUCUUUAUACAAUCUUUACUAUUUAUACUAUUACACAUUUUGGUAUUAAUGCACUUUACCAUGUUUGGAAACAGGACAGAGUGAUGUCACUGCAUUGACAAUUGUGCAUGUUAGAGUAAACUUUUGCCUUGGCUCUGAUAAAACUAUAGAUAUUGCCUUUUAAAUGUUUGAGGCCCCUUAAUGUUCAUUCUGCACAGCCAACCAUCCCUGCCCCACCAAGAAUGUAGUGCUGUCUCUUGGAUCAUUUUAGCCCUUUUUUUAUUUAUGGUCUGACAAUAAUUGUUUUUAUUUAUUUCUUAGACUUUUUAAUGUUAAGGUUUCCAUCUGCUAUCUGCAAACUGACAUUCAGCCAUUUAUCUUCCUUUGUUCUUUGUUAAUGUUUGUAAUGGUUUGGUGUGCUUCAAUGCUAUUAAGCCCCUGCACCUCAGCCAGAAUAUUUUAGAGUUGCAAGCAUCAUUUUGUGAGAUUAUUAAUGCACUAAUGUUGAUACAGAAGGGAACUAUUAGUCUUUAUAAUCUACUUUUCCUUUAUUGGAUCCUCCCUGUUGAAAUAACAUGAUAGUUUCACUAUGGGACAUUAUUAUACAUUACUGGAAAGAAUUACUUAGUCUUGAAGGUGUUGGUGCAUAUUGGAAUGGUCUGUACUAAAAAUGGAUACUUCUAUAAAGCAAAUUAUUUUACAGUCAUAAGACUAGUGCCACUGUAAUUCAGGCCGUGGUUAGUAAGAUAUAUUUUUCUGAUCCAAAAGAUGAACCAUGAUCCAACUUCCUCAGCUUAGAUCUCAGUAACCAUAAUUACCAAAGAAUUCUGACAAAAUACAGUAUUAUGGUUAUUCAAGAGAUUGUGAGAUAAUUAUUCUGAAAAGCAAAUUGUACAAUUCUAAGUCUUUUUUUUGUAGAUACUUCUAGUUUUAUCAUUUCAGUUUAUUAAAGCGAUUUUAUUAUUUAAAGGGCAAAAGAAUUGUUUUCAAAUAUUCCACAUGAAUGAAAUACUUAAAUAUGACUUAGAUCAAACAGUUAGAUGUUAUUUAUAUCAAGGAUUGUGUCUUUGGCUGUAAUUUUCCAUUUGAUGUCAACAGGUAUUUAUAGUUGAAAUUGGGUACAGCAAACUAACUGAUUUAGAUUAAACCUUUUCAAUUUUGUAUUUGACACACUUCAAGGAUAUGGGGCUAAACAAGGUUUAGAAAUAUCAGAGACCCAAGAAUUGUGCCCUGUGAGGAUUUGCCCGCCACUGAUUAUUAUGAAACAUAGCAUUCUAUUGUUUAAGGUAGUUGUGUGUCUAAUCCAUAAACAAAGUUUAUUAUUGUAUAUGUGAUCAGCAAGUCUGACAAUUUGUAACUCUGCAGGUUAUGUUAAUUAUCCAUGAGACAAAAUUAAUAAGCUGUGCUUUUGGAAAGUAAUUUUUGCAGACCUUUAAACAUAGUACAUUUUUGUUCCCAUUCUUGUUUCCUACCAGUUAUUUAUAUAGUAUAAUGGAUUUAUUUCCACUGUAUAGACUGCUGUGUGUAAUAAAUAUCUGUAGUUAAUAGUGGCAGCAUAAAGCAGCUGAUUUAUUUAUAUGAGGAAGGAGAAGAUAGGGAGGAUUUCAGGACUAGAAAAAUAAGGUAAUUGAAUCUUCACAUGCAAUAUUGACAAAAUCCAAAUUGUAGAAAGUCAACUGCCCUUGUCGUAAACCUCUGAAUUUAAUUAUGGAUAUCAUAAUUGGCUGUGGAAUUUACCUCAGAUUUAGGAGUUAUGACUUUCAAAUAACAGAUUGGUUGAUUUGUUCAGCUGAAUUUUGAUGAUGGGAUUAUUUCUUGAUUUCACUCAGUGUGUAGACCAAACGUGCUGUUCUGCAAUAAUGGAAUUUUUUUUUGUACCAAAAGAGGAGGGGGGAUAUUGUGUAAGGGCACCGAUAUGUUGAUAUUAAGUUAUAAUAAAUGAUAUUAAGUCACUUAAGAAUUGACUUGGGAGCCAUUUCUGUAAGGUAGGAAGAGCUUCUGGAUAUGCAUCACCUUCAACUGAUGCAGCGUAACACAAGUUCAAAUUAAUUUUUUUUAAAAUACUUUAUACAAAUAAUAUAUAUACACUGUAGCAACUAUAUAUUUUCCUAUUAGAGUGAUUGCAGCUCAGUUAAGAAAAACAUUCAUUCUUGAGAGAUUAAUAGUCCUCAAACAUUUGUGUUUUGUUUUGAAGUUACUUAAUAGUUAGGGGCAGAGGAUUUUCUUUGCAAAAAUGAUUUAUAAAUGAAUUUGGGAUCAAAAGCGCAAUAGUGAAUGUUUAAUUCGUUGGGUUGAAGCUAGAACAUCCACUAUUAAAUGGAAGCCCUAAUUUAACUGUAUUCUCAUUUUCUGGCAAUAGUAGAUGACAUGGUUAAGGGAUAAAAUCAUUCAAAUGUGUGUGUGUUGAGCCAGAAAGAAGGAACAGUCGUAAUUUUAAUGGAAAACCCAACUGUACUUCAGAUACCUAAAAUUAGCAUUGUAUCACUACCUUCACAACAAACACUAUAGGUUUCAUUACACACUGGUAGUGGUAGCAGUAACCCAGAAGAUGAAUUUUUCAAUUCAGUAUAGAGAUCAAUAGAAAAUAAAAUCCAUUGCCUGAAUUCAAAACAAUUAUAUGCAUUAACACCUACAUAAUUGCCUAUUGGAGGUUUUAAUCUUGCUGUACUGCUGUAGUACCUAAGGAUUGUUUUUCUGUAAACACUGACUGAGAACUAUGCAUGUUAAUUUUCAAAACCCAGAUCAACAGUAUAACAAUUUCUUUUUCUUGUGAGUGUCAAAAUGUGGCACCAUGUACACAUUCUUAGUUGCUUUUUGUACCUAACUCUGUAGUUUUGAAGCACUGAACAGAAGAAAAAAAUUAUUAUGUAUGCGACACGUUACCAAGGCAGAAUCUUUGUUUCUCUAUGCUUGUAUGUAAAAAUUAUGGAAAUAUUUUUCCUUUGGAAAAUAUUAAUUAAUAAGUUGUGUGUUUCUAAUUUUGGAACUUGUUAAAGAAACUCCAAGCUCUAAAUCAAUAUUCAAUACACUGAGGUCUGCUGAAUAUUGUUCUUGCACUAUAUUAUUUCAGUUACAGACUAAUGCAACUUCAGCAUCUUAACUUUGCAUUUUGCUCGUGAUUAAACCAAAGUCAUUUUCUCUUGAUUUUGUUAAGAAUAAGUUAAACCUCAGGAAGUAGACCAAAGUGGUGUUGUAAAAAAAACAGAUAAGGGUUGGGGGAAACUGGGAAAUGGAGAAACUGUCCACUUAAAAUCAUGUUAAAUAUUCUAUGAUACUAGUCAAAUAAAUAUGAGGGGUUCUAUCAGCUUCUGUGAUCAUUCCUUCUGCACCCAAUAACAUUUUAAAAAAUUGGUCAUCUCAAUGUUGUUUGUGGAAUUCAGUUAUGAACAAAUACUGCCUAACAGUUAGUGUAGUAUUAGUGAUUCACUUUCUGUGAAUUCCACUGUGACACUUGAAACUUAUGAUGUUACAGUGUGUGUAAAAACAUUUUUCUUAAUCUGAUUUUCUUCAUACAAAUCUAAACACAUAACCAGAAGAUAUACUUCCUUGUAUCCAGAAGUACAUAGCCUUAUGCAGCCAGAUGGAAGAAUAUGUCUGAGUAAUUAAUGGCUGAACUCAGAUAAGACGAAACAUUUAGUUUGCAACCUCCUUUUAUUUUUGAAGUGGAAUGUUAAAAUUUAAGUUAAGGCCCAGGAGUGUUCUGUGUAUUAAAUAAGUUGUACUAAAGCCUGGACUUUCUUUAAAAAGAUUAUUUUGAGUAAAUAAGUUUAUUCCUUUUCUCCAAACCUCAUGUUUCUCCAAAGGCCUCAGGGUAACUAUGAAUACAUGAAUUAUGGAUAUGAGAUAAAAAAAAAUUCACUUUAAAUAAUGAAAAAUGGUUCUGUGUUGCACAUUCUUUUUUUUCUUAUUACUAAUUUUCUUUUAGAUUUGAUGUGAUUUAAUAUGUAAAUUUGAUAAAUGAUCAGUUUGUAGAUUGUAUGCAGUAAACUGUAAAUUCUUUUUGUAAAGACUUAACUAUUAUUGGUGACUAUUUUUGCUUGUCUAAGCUGGUGCUAUACAUGUACUGAACUCAACACAAAUGUUGAAUGAUUUGUUUUGAUAUUUUGGAUCUUUAAUCACACUUUCAUGUUUCACCAUUGAAUAAGAACAUGAUUUUAAUCAGAGCUGUGUUGAAUUUGUGAUUUCCACUGUCAAUGCAGACAAUUAGUGUGUCUCAUGUAUUGAAGUGGCUGAUUCUGAGAAUGUAUUAAAUCAUGUUCUGGGAACAGAGUUGAUCUUUAAGCUUAAAUUUUAGCAAUAUUAGAAGGGUUGGUUAUGUUCAAGUGAAUUUUUAGAAAAAUUAUUUCCUCCUUCAUACUCAACUAUGGUCCCUGUACCUUCAGCUGCCAUGGCCUUAAAUUUCAGAAGUUCCUGCUUAAACAUUUUCAAGUCUUGACCAACUUCCAUCUUUUUAAAAUGCUCCUUAAAGACAUACUCCCAUUUGAGUAUGUUUUUGAUCAUCUACCACAUUGCUCUUGUGUGCCUUACCAUCAUCGGAUUUUAGCUUGAUAUGUUCCACCAAGUGCCUUGGGAUUAAUUUGCUGUUUUAAAGGUGCUAUAUAAAUGGAAGUUGUUCAUGUUCUGCAAUAUGCAGUUGUUUACUUUCUGCUUUGUUUCAUUUAUUUCAUACUAAUAGAAUUUAUGCUUGAUACCUGCAAGUGUACAUUAUGAGCAAGGAGCAGUUAAAGUAUGUUUGUGUUGAAGGAUAACAAGUGCAAUUUAAAGGUAUGAAUGAGUGGGGCAGUGGGUGGAAGUAUUCAGAAGAAUGGGAGUAUAUGUAGAACAAUGAAUCGUAAGGUCAGUACUGAAAUUACAUUAAAAUAUGACUCAAUAAUGGAUGUAUAAAAUGUGUAUAGUCAAUCUGAUUUUCAGAAAGGCAAAAUACGCCAGCAUUCUUAUUUUGGAUACCAUUUCCCAACUAGACAAGAAAAGCAUUUUGAUAAACAAUCUCUAUCCAAAAUUUCAAAUGCUCAUUCCUAGUCAUCAAUGGAAAAAAGGCAGCAGGUUGAGGUGGUGUUGGGUGGUAAUGUUGGCAGUGAAACACUGAGCUGUUAAUGUAAUGGAGAAUCGUCUAUAUUGAGUUGGUUUUACCAUGUCAAUUUGAAAAUACUGUUCUGAAUCUGGCUCUAGCCAUAAACAGGACACGUUUCCAGGAGUUAAGCCCAAUUUCAGGCAAUUAGUAUGGAGUUUUUGGUUAUUUAUACUCAGGCUACUUGCAAGUUUUGAAACGGACAAUAAAAUUACCUUUUUGUAACAAGGUUCUUUAGCUGUAUUAAUAAAUACACAGGUUAUUACUUUAGAGUUGAAGUUUUCUUAAAAAAAUGCAAGGGAGAAAUAAACAAUCACAUUUUGAAAUGUUCUAUUGUGUUGGUUCCUGGAAGAAUUUCAGUUUGCGAUAAUGCAAUUACAAACUUAAAUUGUAAUGUUAUUUCAGAAAACCGGCAUACUUUUUGUCCAGAUAUUUGACUUUAUCCCAGGCAUGAAGAACUUGUUCAGACUAAAAAAUCAUUUGCAAUGCUUGCAUUGUUCCUGCUGUGGAACAGAUGGACAGAAGACAAAAUGGGAUAUUUUUAUUUGAAAGCACUGUGAAGUCACAUUCACAGUGACAGAUGUAGGAGUGAGAGUGAAUAUUAAUUGUAAACCAGAUAAUUCAAG